AUAUACCUAUACCUAUACCUAAAUAGUUAACAUAAUGAUAAAACCAUAUUUCGAACAUGUUUGACGUGUUUUUGAAAACAAUUUCAAUAUCAUUUUGCCAAAAACCUUCAAAUUAUUAUCUGCAUAAAAAAUUGUUUAUGAAAUAUGGUAGCUCAACCUUCCCAUAUUGGCGCAUGCGGCAUUUAUGGCAUUUACACUGGAGGCAGCGCACAGUGUUAUUUAUUUGUUAUUAUCGCCGAUGUUUUGGUGGAAGGUGUGGCCAAUUAUUUUGAUAUUUGAGUUAUUUCUGUAUUCAAGAUAGGUUUCAGGGAUUCAAUAAUGGGUUUGUUUGGAAGAUCAAAAGAACCUGACCCGAAAGAACAGGUUCAAGAAUGGACGCGGAAACUCCGCAAAGAGGGAUAUCAACUUGAUAGACAAAUUAGAGCUAUCCAGCGGGAGGAGGAAAAGGUUAAGAGGUCUUUAAAGGAGGCGGCAAAGAAGGGAGACCGGUCUGUGUGUACAGUGUUGGCUAAGGAAGUGGUCCACUCGCGCAAGGCUAUCAGUCGUAUCUACACCACAAAGGCGCAGAUCAACUCGGUGUCGCUGCAAAUGAAGCAGCAGCUUGCCCAGAUCCGCGUGGCGGGCGCCAUGUCGCAGAGUACAGAGGUGAUGCAAGCCAUGCAGCAGCUGGUUAAAGUGCCAGAGGUGGCCAAGACCAUGCAGGACAUGUCCAAGGAGAUGAUGAAGGCCGGCAUCCUGGAGGAGAUGAUGGAGGACACGUUCGAGGGACUGGAUGACCAGGACGAGCUGGAGGAGGCCGCCCAGGAGGAGGUCGACAAGGUGCUGUGGGAGAUCACCAAGGGCGAGCUGGGCCGGGCGCCGGACGCGGUCGGCGACUCGCUGCCGUCGGCCGAGCCGGCCGCGCAGGAGUCCGAGGGCGAAGAGGAGCUGGAAGAGAUGCAGGAGCGGCUCCAGGCGCUGAGGAGCUAGUCACCGGGGACGCGCCGCGCCGCGCCGGACUGGGGCGCGACAGGUCAGACACACCCAUGUCGGUGGGUUACGACUGAAGUGUGGGGCGCGCUGCGCUGAGCAGCAUACUGAGAACGGUCUUCUCUGUGAAUUUCACUGUCGCGCGGCUGGUUAGACUCUCGUCCGCCAUAGUCCAUGCUCUGCCGACGUAAUUGUGCGCUCUAAGACUAACUGAGCCGGGAUGUGGCGGCGGCACCGCUCUGCUGGGGACGACUCUGCUUGUUUCUCAGUUUGGCGCUGAAUCUAGUGUGGACUGGGACCCGCGGCGCUGCCGAGUCACCAGUGAAUGGUGCGGCGACUCCUUCAGUCGAGGGUUCCGUGGUCCGGGCUGUGGCUGCCUUAUCUCUGUGUGUGCGGUCUGUGCUGUCGAAGCGAGCGAGUGCUGUCUGCUACUCGGACCGCCGAGCGCUGCGGUCUCGUAAACGGUCCGAGGAGUGGUGAUUUAGUGGCAGAGACUAGCCGCUCUUCACUCCCCUCCUGGGUGAUACUGCGCGAGCGAUGGCAGGUCGCGCUAAUUGCUGCAUUUGGGAGUCACUUUUUGCUGCCAGUUAGUAGGCAUCUCUUGAUCUGCACAUGUUCUGUAGCAUCCUUUCAUAUUUAAAAUUUCGUAGUGGGCGUAUUUGCGAAUCAAUUUCCGUUACGGAGUGUGUAUAGUUUAGUUCUUUUUGUGGUGUUGAUUCAAUGCUGUAACUUGAUCAAUUUUGUUAUUCUUUAACUGAUCGGUUAUGACCGACAAACACGUUUUAAGGGAUUUGUUAGUUGCGUGAGAUGUGUUUAAUUAUGCAAUAGAGCUGUAUAAACUAUUUUGAACUUGACAUACUUAUAUAACACAACCACCAGAAAUAGAUAUCAAAUUCCCUACACUUGGGAAAAUUAUUGAGAUACAGACUACUUUUAUCUCGAAUUUAAGUGUUUCAUUGGUCAUCGGAGGCGUAAACCAUUUUUCUUAGCGGUGAAUACAUAACCCGGAUACAU